UCAAAAUGAUAUUAUGCACAAACUCUCAUGCAUUCUCAUGAUUUCCAUUAACAAAUGGAAAUGAAGAUUUUUCUCAUUUCCUUCAUUCUAACCUCCCUUCUACUCUCACUUCUCUACAUUCCAACCCAUCUAACCAUACCCACAAUUAGUACCAUUUCAAACCGAAACUCAACCUUUGUUGGCGACCCAUAUCCGGUUACUUUCGCCUAUCUAAUAUCGUCGGCGAAAGGAGAGACUGAGAGGUUGAAACGAGCGAUUUUAGCUUUGUACCAUCCGGCGAAUUAUUAUCUCAUUCAUGUGGAUAGGGAUGCAUCGGAGAAGGAGCAUCGCGAGGUGGCGAGGUUUGUGUCGAGCGUUGCGGCUUUUGGGAGAUUUAAGAAUGUUUGGAUUGUUGGGAAAUCGAAUUUGGUUACCUAUAGAGGACCGACUAUGUUGGCUAACACUCUUCAUGGCGUUUCGAUUCUUUUGAGGGUUGCGAAAUGGGAUUGGUUUAUUAAUCUUAGUGCUUCUGAUUAUCCUUUGGUUACUCAAGAUGAUUUGAUCCAUGGCUUUUCUGACCUGCCCAGAGAUUUGAAUUUCAUACAGCAUAGCAGUCAUUUGGGAUGGAAAUUUAAUAAAAGAGGGAAGCCAAUAAUAAUAGAUCCAGCUCUAGAUAGCCUUAAUAAAUCUAAUCUCUGGUGGGUGAUCAAACAAAGGCCUCUCCCAACUGCAUUUAAACUCUACACAGGUUCAGCUUGGACAAUACUAUCAAGAUCAUUUGCAGAAUAUAGCAUAAUGGGAUGGGACAAUCUCCCAAGAACACUCCUCCUUUACUACACAAACUUCAUCUCUUCCCCUGAAGGUUAUUUCCAAACCUUAAUUUGCAACUCACACAAUUACAUCAACACCACUCUUAACCAUGACCUCCAUUUCAUAACAUGGGACUCCCCUCCCAAACAACAUCCAAGGUCCCUUGGCCUCAAGGACUAUCGUAAGAUGGUCCAAAGCAAUCGACCCUUCGCCCGUAAGUUCAAAAAUGACGAUCCUAUCCUCGCUAGGAUUGACACAGACCUCCUUAAGAGACCAAAAGGAGGGUUUUCUCAUGGGGGAUGGUGUGCUGAGGAGGACGAAAGAUAUGGUGUUCUUAAAACUGGUCCUGGAGCUAAGAGACUUAGGGCUUUGUUGAGUAAGUUGGUGGCUAGUCAGAACUUGAGGAGACAAUGUAGAUGAUUCUAGAUCUUUUUGCAAACAUUAUUUGUUGUGAUUCCUUGAUAUAUUCACAUAAAAGCAGAUAGGAUCUAAUGAUUGAAUCUGAUGUUAUAUUCACAUAGAGGGAUGUGAUAUUUUAUGAGAAAAAAUUUCAUUUUCAAAAUCAAACCAAUGAAACCAAU